AUGAGCUGCAGGAAACUCCCCGACUUCGUGAAACACAUGAAGCGCGAUCCCUCUGGCAAGGGUUUCACCCACCUCGGCAAGGAUGGUGUAUUGCGUACCAUCUCAGGCGACUAUGAGGUUGUUGAUGCGCGCGGCCUUGACCCUGAGCAGAUCAAGGAUAUUCUGGAUGUUAUGCCCUUCGAGCAGGCCCAAAAAGAGGACUUCUAUGGUGUGGACGGCACAAAGGUUACAAGCCAGGAAGCACUAUUCCAUCCAGCGCCAGGAAUCCUGCCGACUAAACCAACCGAGGAGGAGGCUGCGGAGAGACGGAGACUCAUAAACCAGAGUUGGGAGGCCUAUUCGCAGGCGAAGAGGAAAGAGCAUGAAGGGACUGGAGAAGGCAAUUCUCCGGAGGAGUUGCCAUAG